AGCGCACUGAGCGGCAGCAGCAGCAGCAGGAGCAGCAACAACAGGAGCUUCUUCAGCACAAAGUUUCAUCCAAACAAAGUUCUAAUGGCGAAAUAUAAGCCCUGGCUGAUGUGCUGCUUUAUCUUUUUGGGUUUAGUUUGCGCGGUUGCUCUUGUGUGUCUGUGCGUCGCCUCACUGGUGGACCGUGGAUGUUCCAGCGACACCUUCAAGCGUGCGGCUGUGGCUGCAGACUCGCAACUUUGCUCCGAUAUUGGCAGGAAUAUGCUCAAGCAAGGGGGCUCAGCAGUAGAUGGCGCCAUUGCAGCUCUUCUGUGCACCUCUGUGGUCAAUCCUCAGAGCAUGGGAAUUGGAGGAGGGUCCAUAAUCACUAUCAGAAAUAUAACAGGCAACGUGAAAGUCUACAACUUCAGAGAGACCGUCCCUCAGUCGUUCAAAAAGAACCUGUUAAAAGACUGUCCCACUGCAGUCCCACCACUCACAACAGGCAGCCAGUGGAUCGGCAUUCCCGGAGAGCUGCGGGGCUACGAAGUGAUUCACAAACGGUAUGGCAAACUGCCCUGGGCCAAGCUGUUUGAGCCAACAAUUACACUGGCCAGGGAGGGCUUUCCUCUGCCGCCAUAUCUGGAAACACUCCUGAAAUAUGGAAUUGUAAAGAGACGUGUGGAAAAUUCAUCCCUCUGUAAAGUUUUCUGCAACAAGAAUAAGACAGUUCUGGGAAAAAGUGAUGUCCUGAAGAUGCCUAAGCUUGCAGAAACAAUGGAAACCAUUGCAGAGCGAGGGGCAGAUGCCUUCUAUACUGGCCAGAUAGGACAUGACUUGAUCGAAGACAUAAAAGCUGCAGGCGGGACGAUAACAAUGGAGGAUCUGAGGUCCUUCAAGGUGCGGGUGGAAGAUGCGUGGACGGUUCCUCUGGGAAAUAUUACGAUGCACAUCCCUCCACCACCUGCUGGGGGAGCUCUACUUGCCUUCAUUCUCAAGCUGAUGAAAGGGCUCCCCUUGACUCCAAAGUCCCUGAAUGUUGACCAGAAGAUUCAGAUGUACCAUCAUUACAUAGAAGCAGCUAAAUUUGCUAAUGGGCAGCGGUCGAGCAUUCGUGAUCCUCUCUUUUAUACCAAGAAGAUUGCAGAUCAUUUGAUCGAUCCCUCCUUCAUUAAUCGCACCAGGGAGAUGAUUUCAAAUAGAACUCAUGACAACACCUACUACAACGUCAAGCCGUCCUCUGAUAACAUUGGGACAACACAUGUGUCUGUCCUGGAUGAAGACGGUCUGGCUGUGUCUGCCACCAGCACCAUAAACCAAUUAUUUGGAGGAGCCAUUUACUCUUCACGAACAGGCAUCAUCCUCAACAACGAGCUGACUGACUUUUGUGGGAGAGCAGACACAGUGAGGGCAGGUAAAGUCACAGACAUGAACCCAGCCUUUCUACAGCAGCCAAUUGAAUUAAAGACAUUACUUAAUUCAGUCAUUAAGGCUCUUUUAGCUCUGAUAUUGAGUGUAAUUGUUGUUGCAGGUGAACAGCCUCCCUCCUCAAUGACUCCAGUCAUACUGGAGACAAAGUCUGGAGGAAUUCUUGUGAUUGGUGGAUCGGGAGGAAGUAUGAUUACCUCAGCAGUGGCCUUGUCUAUCAUAAAUCACCUGUGGCUGGGCAUGAAUCUGAAAGAUGCCAUUGCUGCUCCUAUAGUGUUUGUUGAUUCCAAGAACAAUGUAAAUUUUGAAUCCCAUUUUGACAAGAAAGUGAAAGAUGGCCUCGAAGCUCUUGGACACAAAAUUGGAGGCUGGACAUUCUUCUUAAACGUAGUAAAUGCUGUGGAAAAGGAGAAUGGCUGCAUUGUGGCUGCGUCAGACAAGAGGAAGAUGGGAAUGUCAGCUGGAUACUGACCAUGUGGAAAAAUCACCUUCCUACUAAAAUAUACCUUUAAAAACUGAACUGACUGAACCUGUUGCCUUAAGGAAAAUGACUGUGCCACAAUUCUGACAAUAAGAUGUGAGUGGCCUGGUAUUCAGGUUCUUUCUUGAUGGAACUAACGAACAACAAGGGAACUGCACCCAGACUAAACAAUAGUUUUGGUUUAUCACAGUGUGGGGUAUUACUUUGAAAGUUUUGGCCAUCAUUUUUUCUAUUAGUUUUAUAACAUUGUACUUAAACAAGAAAUUGCUGGGAUCUGCAAACACAGCAACUAAAAAGAGGUCAGACAGCAGUUUGUGAAAUAGUCACAAACUGCUUGCAGGAAUACUUUCUAUUGAAAUACAUUAGUUUGAAAGUCAUGCUGAGUAACACACUUUUUUUUUGAAAAUUCAUGUCCAUGGACACAAAUCAAUAGAUUAAAUUUUAUGAGUAUUGCAAAAACUGCCUUCAGGGUUGGGCUAGAUGAUCAAACAGGUUGUAAACAAGCCAACAGUUUCAGCUAACUCAGUUUAUUUGAAGAUAAAAACCAAACGUGAGCUGACUCAAGGCACAAGAAAACUAUACAUGCAGAACAAUGUUAGUACAACAGUUUGGGUAACAUUUUUAAUGUACACCUUUGGGGGGCAGGGGAUUUCCAAAUACAAUUGAAAAAAAUUGGGGUUUUGUUUGAAACCUGUUUCUUUCUUGUCCUGUCAGACUUUUUUUGUAUGAUUAUUUUGCUGCUUUCUCAGAUCCCUGAAAUUAAGUUUGUGAAAUUAUAAUGCACAUUUUCAACCUAGCCAGUCAUCACAUACUAUGAUGUAAUUCCACUUGAAUGAUGCAGACUAUAGUACUUUACUUUUACUGUUGAGAUCUAUUUUUGUGUACUGUAGGAUUACACACUCCUUGACUUUUUAUUUUCUCACUGAAGUAACGACUGUUUGCUGUUGAUGAGCCAUGUUUAAAGUGACCCUGACUGACGUGAGUUGAAGGCUGAUUUAGUCUCCCGAAAACAGGGAUCUUUUACUGUGACCUUACAGCUUUCUUACUGUGUGUGAAACCAUCUCUGAGCAUAUUGUUACUUACACGUAGAGUCACAAUGAACACAUUAUCUCAAAAAGCGUACGUGUAUUUUUACACCAACAAAAUGUUGUUUUGUAUUUACUGUCUUAAUAUGUCAGAAUGUUUUGUAAAAUAAUUAUACUUUUUUACAACUAACUGUGAAUAUCUGUGUCAUUGAAAUAAAACAUAAA